AAAAGGGCCGCUGAUAGUACUCAGACUACCGUCCCUGCUAUGACAAUCACAUUUCCUGUGCAUGACCCGAGGGCGGUUGUGCCCGAGGGAUGGACCACGCUCGUUCAUCCAGAAGGUUCUCGCUACUUUCUGAACGAAAAACAAAGGACAUUCACAGAAGUGGAUAUAUUUGACGCAAAAAAACACAAGGGCAUUGAAGACUACAUGCAGUACUUGUGGAGUGGGCUCAAGUCCAUUAAACGAGAGGACCUCGACAUGACACAGGUGGAUCUUGUACUCGAGCUAAAGGACGACAAUGUUGCUAGUUCUGGCAUCACUUGUUGGUACUAUUUCGUCAACCACAAUAGCAGGUGCCUUUUUUGGUUGCACGAGUCUGACGUCGAAGAUGUGCUUUCCGAUUGCAAAGGCGUCAAGAGUCUCUCUCACAUACGGCUUGCCAUUGAAGCACAAUACUGGCUACAUUGGGAAUACUUCCCUAACCUGUGCUUAGUCUCACAAGACCAUGUCGAUGAGGUUAAGGAUAUGUUAAUACAUGCGACAUGUGACCACUUAACAUCGAAGCGGUCUUCUGCGCUAGGUGAUGCCAUCGAACUCAAGGAGUACAUCUCAGUGGUAGACGGAAUCAAGGGCUUUCAUUUGAAACUUCGGCUCUUCCUAAUGACGAUUAUCAUUCGAGGUCGUAUCAUGAAGUUAUUCAGUGAAAAUCAGUUUAUCAACUUUCACGGGGAGAAUUGCGUGAGACUAAUCUCUGACGAGACGGUCCAUGGUUGGAUAUACACGCCAUCACUGUUGAUGGUCGUGGUCGCACCCCUCCUUUUUUUGGACCCCAUGACGCAAGUCCAAAAACUGCACAGGGCCUUUGUAGAUGAAAUUGCUUCCACAGCACGGUGGAAUGCACUUAGCUCAAAAUUGAAAGGGCAGAUUCGGGACUCCAAUCUCUUGGCCACUGUCUUGCUCAGCGUCAAUGUUGGGUUUCUUGCUAUCAGCACUGUUGAUAAGGGCGGAAGAUCUCCUAUUCAAAUUGCAAGCUACAUGUCUUUGGUGACGAGUUUGGGAAGUAUAAUUCUCGGUGUAUUCUUGGUCUGGCAUGAACGAACCUCUGGAGACAAUACAGCCAUGGAAGCAGCAUCAUUCGCAUUAAAACUUCACGACGAAAAGCACGGACUUGAAGUGCUAGCCAUAAUUUACAGCGUUCCCAAGGCGUUACUUAUGUGGGGGAUGAUCUUCUUCUUCGUGGCAUUCUCUAUCGAUUGGUGCAGUGCCAAGGAUAUAACUUCCAGGGUCAUGGUUGGUACUGUGGUAUUGAUCGUAUUUGGGUUGGUAUCAUGCGGCAUCAUUCGCAUCAGG